UAAUUUUGACUUUCAUCAUCCUUUAUAAAAAGGAGAAGAGUGUGUAGUGUAGUUGUUCGGAAAUGGAAGACAAGCAAGAGAAGAUGGAGCAGGAAAUGGAAUCUUGGUCCGAAGGAGAUAUAACCUCCCGAUGUGAAGCCACUGGUUCAGACGAUUGUGAGGACUACGUAGAGAUUACGCUCGACACUCGAGACGACAGCCUCGGCUCACUGAAGCUGGAAAAGAAUAAGCCGAUGGCAGUUCUCCGGUCGGUUGUUUCGGGGAAGCUGAAAACGAUGGUGAAGUCAUUGUCGUUGUCUUCACGCAGGCUCGACCGGUGUAAGUCAGGUGCUAUGUUUGCUCUUAGAGGCUUGAGGUUUAUAACCCAAAACGACGCCGUUGGUAGAGGCUGGGAUGAAGUUGAAAAGAGAUUCGAUGAGUUGGCUGUUGAAGGGAAGCUCCCAAAAUCUAAAUUUGGACAUUGCAUAGGAAUGGCUGAAUCGAGCGAAUUUGUGAAUGAGCUAUUCGAGGCGUUGGUCCGAAGGAGAGGGACUACGUCGAUCUCCAAAACUGAACUAUUCGAUUUCUGGGAGCAGAUCGCAGGCGAUAGUUUUGAUGCUAGGCUGCAAAUCUUUUUUGAUAUGGUGGACAAAGACUUGGACGGUCGUAUUACGGGAGAAGAGGUUAAGGAGAUAAUUGCUUUAAGUGCUUCGUCUAACCAACUAUCAAGGAUUCAAGAAAAGGUAGACGAAUAUGCUGCCUUGAUCAUGGAAGAACUCGAUCCCGACAACCUUGGAUAUAUCGAGCUGUACAACUUGGAAACAUUGCUUCUCCAAGUUCCAAGCCAAUCGGACAUCAGUCCAUCAUCCGAGAACAAGCGUGCCCUCAGCAAGAUGUUGAGCCAGAAGCUCAUACCAACAAAAGAGAGAAAUCCGUUGAAAAGAUUUGCCAGAGAUAUAAAAUACUUUUUCUUGGAAAAUUGGAAAAGGAUAUGGGUGCUAACAUUGUGGAUAUCCAUUUGCAUCGCUCUCUUCACUUGGAAAUUUCUACAGUAUAAACGCAGAGCCGUGUUUGAGGUCUUGGGUUCUUGUGUUUCUGUGGCCAAAGGCAGCGCAGAGACCUUGAAAUUCAACAUGGCUCUCAUUCUCUUGCCUGUUUGUAGGAACACUAUCACUUGGCUACGGACCAACUCCAAGCUUGGGUCCGUUGUUCCAUUUGAUGACAAUAUCAACUUCCACAAGGUUACUGCGUUUGGGAUCGCCAUUGGAGUAGGCUUACAUGCCAUUUCUCACCUGGCAUGUGACUUUCCGCGUUUGCUGCAUGCAAAAUAUGUAGAGUAUGAGCCAGUGAAAAAGUUUUUCGGGGACGAGAGGCCAGACAAUUACUGGUGGUUCGUGAAAGGAACAGAUGGAUGGACCGGAGUGACCAUGGUGGUUCUAAUGGUAAUAGCAUACGCCUUGGCUCAAUCGUGGUUCAGACGCAACCGUGCAAGCCUACCAAAAACGUUGAAACGGUUAACCGGUUUCAACGCGUUUUGGUACUCACACCAUUUAUUUGUCAUCGUUUAUGUGCUUCUAAUCGUGCAUAGCUACUUUAUUUAUCUCUCCAAGAAAUGGUAUGAAAAAACGACGUGGAUGUAUCUGGCUGUUCCAACGAUAUUGUAUGCGUGUGAAAGAUUGAUACGUUUGUUUAGAUCAGGGUCCAAGGCGGUAACCAUUUUGAAGGUUGCGGUGUAUCCAGGAAACGUACUUUCGCUUUACAUGUCAAAACCUAAAGGGUUCAAGUAUAGAAGUGGGCAGUACAUAUAUGUUAACUGCUCCGACGUCUCACCAUUUCAAUGGUUAUUACAAAAAGUUAUUGGACAGAUCAUUAAAUUAAUUAAACUUCAUUGUUUUGUUAAUUUAAUCUCUUUUCGAUAUUAUUAUAGGCAUCCGUUUUCAAUUACUUCGGCUUCGGGAGACGAGUUCCUCAGCAUUCAUAUCCGCACCCUCGGCGAUUGGACAUCACAACUCAAAUGCUUAUUUUCGAAGGUUUGUCAACCUCCGUCAACAAGUCAAAGUGGGCUCUUCACAGCUGACUUAGUUCAAGCCAAUAACAUAACCAGGUUUCCGAGGCUUUUGAUCGAUGGUCCAUAUGGCGCCCAAGCACAAGACUACCGAAACUACGAUGUAUUGCUUCUGGUAGGCCUAGGUAUCGGAGCGACCCCAUUAAUCAGUAUACUUAAGGACGUUCUUAACAACAUCAAGAACCACAAAUCCAUUGAAGAAGGCACAAGCCACAAUGUCAAUAGAAGCAACACAAAACGAGCUUAUUUCUAUUGGGUAACAAGAGAGCAAGGAUCUUUAGAAUGGUUUAGUGAGGUCAUGAACGAGGUAGCUGAGUAUGAUAGUGAGGGAAUUAUUGAGCUACAUAACUACUGCACGAGCGUCUAUGAGGAAGGAGACGCGAGAUCAGCACUAAUCACGAUGUUGCAGUCAUUGCACCACGCCAAGAACGGCAUUGACAUUGUGUCAGGUACUCGGGUCCGGACCCAUUUCGCAAGACCCGACUGGCGCAGCGUUUUCAAGCAUGUCGCGGUGAACCACAUCAAUCAACGAGUUGGGGUUUUCUACUGUGGUAAAUCAUGCAUCAUAGGAGAGUUGAAGGGACUGGCUCAAGAUUUCUCUAGGAAAACUUCGACCAAGUUUGAGUUCCACAAGGAAAAUUUUUAAUUUCAAGUUCAUCAUUAGCAUUUUAAGAACACAGUGUCUUUGAUAAAACUUACCUAUCUAUACUGGUUUGGUUUGUAUAAUUAUAAUAACUACUUUCUGACAGCUCGAAAGCAUUAAGCAACGUAUUAACUAUUCCGGAAUCAUUUUAGUGAGUACAUAUCAACGUUCAACAAG